AUGUCACACCAUCAUGAAAAGCACGCCAACAACCCGGCGUCUCCUCCGCCACCAUGCACGCAACCUCUCUUCUGCGUACUCUGCGGGCAUCAUCGGUCAUUACGAAGGCUCCGCAAUGGGACCAACGACAUCGCAGAUCAAUUGAUAUGCUCGAGAAAAGGAUGCAGAACGUUAAAAUUGCUUUUUAGGGAGAUGCCGAGCCCGCAUCCCUUAAUUCAAAUCAACUACUACGGAGAACAUAGGCCACACAAAGAAAGCAGCACGCGUAUUAAUGCGUAUGAGAUGGAUGGGACACCAUCCCAUGCUACAAAGCUUGAGCAUACUCAGUUGCCGGAGCUUUCCGGACAGAGCUCGCCCACCGGCCGUGCGGAAUUGCCGGGCGACCACGUAUCCCGCUCGGCUAGAGUUCCCGCAUGUAAGAACCUAGCCCGCCUUGCUAGUAGCGUACCGCCACCGGUCGAUUACUCGACCAAGCCAACGAAGAGAAAAUAA